CCUAAGACUAUCUGAAUUAAUGUACUCUUGCCGGCUCUGCUCUGCUCCCGCCUCUUUCGUUUCCCCCGCCGCCGUCACUCUCUCUCUCCUCCGUUAGCAAAAUGAUAUCUGCCAUUUCUUGGGUUCCCAAAGGAGCUUCCCAGCCAGUCCCUUCUGUCGCCGACUUGCCUUCCAAAGAAGAAAUCGAAGAGAUUGUUCAGAGCGGCGCCUUCGAUACAAUUGGAAAUAGCUAUGAGGAAAUGGAUGGUGGUAAUAAUCAACAUGAUAGUAACGAUGAAGAGAAAGAUGAUGAUGAUGAUGAUGAUGGUGAUCAUAAGUCUGGUAAAGAUGUUAACUUGUCGAACGACAAAUAUGAAGACAUAACUGAUGGAUUGAAGGAGCUCGACAUGGAUAAUUAUGAUGAUGAAGAUGACGGGAUUGAGCUGUUUAGCAAAGGGAAUGGCGAUCGUUACUACCCAAGUAAUGACAUGGAUCCGUAUUUCAAGGAUAAGGAUGAUGAUGAGGAUUCUGAAGAUCUUGAGGACUUGACCAUUAAGCCAACAGAUUCUGUCAUAGUUUGUGCGCGCAACGGUGACGAUGGCAAUCAUCUCGAGGUUUGGAUAUGUGAAGAAGCUGUUGAUGGCGAAUUGAACACUUAUGUCCACCACGAAACCAUGAUUUUUGAAUUUCCAUUGUGCAUGGCAUGGCUGGAUUGUCCGCUUAAAGGCGGCGAACGAGGGAAUUUCAUAGCUGUUGGAUCUAUGGAACCUUCCGUUGAAAUAUGGGACCUUGACAUUAUUGAUGAGGUGCAACCAUGUAUGGUGCUAGGUGGCAUCGCUGAGAAAAAGAAGAAGAAAAAGGGGAAAAAGACGUCAAUCAAGUACAAAGAAGACAGCCACACUGAUUCUGUACUAGGUCUUGCUUGGAACAAAUACUACAGGAAUGUACUUGCGAGUGCUAGUGCUGACAAACAAGUAAAGAUUUGGGAUGUGGCUACUGGAAAAUGUACUAUUACCAUGGAGCAUCAUACAGACAAGGUUCAGGCUGUUGCAUUUAAUCAUGAUGUACGACCAGUUCUUCUUAGCGGAUCUUUUGAUCAUUCUGUGGUUAUGAAAGAUGGGAGGGACCCAACACAUUCCGGUUACAAGUGGAUUGUGAAUUCUGACGUAGAAAGCUUGGCAUGGGACCCACACAAUGAGCACUCGUUUGUGGUGAGUCUUGAAGAUGGUACAGUGAAGGGAUUUGAUCUUCGGGCUGCCACAUCUAAUCCAGAUUCCGAGUCAAAACCAAGUUUUACACUUCAUGCUCAUGACAAAGCUGUUUGCUCAAUCUCUUACAACCCUUCAGCACCUAAUCUUCUUGCAACUGGAUCCACAGAUAAAAUGGUAAAGCUCUGGGAUUUGUCAAACAACCAACCCUCAUGCAUUGUGUCGAAGAAUCCCAAAGCAGGAGGUGUAUUUUCUGUUUCGUUCUCAGAGGACAGUCCUUUUCUGUUGGCAAUCGGAGGGUCCAAGGGUAGACUGGAAAUCUGGGAUACAUUAUCUGAUGCUGCAGUCUCAAGAAGAUUCGGGAAUCACAGCAGUCAUCAGGCUCGUUCUUAAUGAAAUCUAUUUAGAGGGGAAUGCGGGUCUUAUUAUGUGUUGCAGAGCUUUUGUUUCUUGGGAUAGAACAGUUCCUUGUAAGUAAUUUAUCUCAGAUUGUAAUAUGAGUUUCAGAUUUCCUCCCCA